AUGGUGAAACUGUACGCCCUUAGCGUCUUCUACAAAGCGCCGACCGAGGCACGGCUGCUGAAAUCGGCCUACGACUUGCAGAGCUUUUCUUUCUUUCAGCGCGGUUCGGUGCAAGAAUUUAUUAGCUUCGCUAGCAAAACGCUUGUGGAGCGAACUCAAUCCGCCACCCGACAGUCGGUAAAGCAGGAUGUGUACAUGUGCCACGUGUAUGUGCGGGCAGACAAUUUGGCUGCAGUGCUGAUAGCGGACCACGAAUAUCCGCAGCGCGUUGGCCAUACUCUGCUGACCAAGGUGCUGGAUGACUUUUCGGCCAAGGUAGGAUCCGAGCAGUGGCCGGUGACGACGAACGAGGCAGCGAUACAGUUCGGGACGCUGCCAGCCACGCUCAACAAGUAUCAGGAUCCACGGGAAGCGGACGCACUCACACGCAUGCAGGAGGAUCUGGACGAGACGAAGAUUAUUCUGCGCAACACGAUCGAUGCGGUGCUGGAUCGGGGCGAAAAGUUGGACGAUCUGGUGUACAAGUCGGAGUCCUUGUCGAUACAGAGCAAAGCAUUUUACAAGACGGCGAAGAAAACUAACUCGUGCUGCAACUUUGCCUAGGCAGCUUUUAACACGCCCGACCGUCGCAGCCU